AUGCAGAAUGGGUCACAAGAACCAACCGCAAGCAACACAGAUGCUGGAGUUUCGAGCUCUUCUGGCUUUCAAGAAAUGCCACUAAUUUCGGCGAAAAGCACGAACACUGACAGAGAUGAAGCAAUGCUGAGGAAGGAUACAAGCGAAGAGGUAGAAGAAGAUUUAACGGCUGACAUAAAUGAUACGGAAAUGGCGGAUACUGCGACGCCGAGCCCUUCCAAGAUCUUCGUCAUGGUCUGGAGUGACGAACGCUUGAUACCAUACGGUGAUGCCACGCCGAUGGAGAAACCAAAAGUUGAGGCGUUCAUGAAGAUGAUGGC